AUGUCUACAUCUUAUUUAUCACAGGAUGAAAUUAAUUCAUCAUCACUAUCAGAUCCCGAUAAUCGAGAUCCACUGAAAAUCAACAAACAUCUUCAGCUUGAUUUUUUCAAUGUUAUUGCUGAACCUGAUCCAAGUGCAUAUAGUUUUGAAGUUUUUCAUAAAGUUUCACAUCAAGUAUAUCAUUAUACGAAAAUAAUUAUUUAUCGUUUAUUAACUGUUCUUAUUGGUUUACCAUUAAUGGUAUGUUGGGGUCUAAUAUUUGGUAUUUAUACAUUUGCAAUGAUUUGGAUUGCAGUACCAAUGCGUCGAUUAGUUCAAACAUGGAUUGCUGAAAUAGGUAUUAAUGUUCAAACGCUAAGUGAUGCGGUUAUUGCACCAAUACAUCGUUCAAUGGGACAAAUGUUUUCCAGUAUACGUAUAUCUCUUAGUAAAGAGAAUAUUCAUUCAGCACGACAAAUUUUAGUGUAA